CAGUUUCAGUUUUCAAUCUUACUUGGUAGAGUGAGAGUGUUGAGUUAUGUUUAAUAUUGGAUUAUCUUACCACAAUUAAUAAUUUACAUUUUAAUUAACAUAAAGAAAUGUUUUACUUGAUAACAAGGAUAGUAAAGUAUAAAAUUUGGUCAGUGUAAUUAACACUUUUACGUUUCUAAAUCCAGAAUGAUUGUCGGAUUCGCUCCAAAAUUUCACCGAUCGAAGUGUUAUGACCUCGAAGAGAGUUGGUGUUCUCAUUCGUGUGCAAAAUAAAUGUCAUUUAAUAAAUAAGGCGUAAGAUUCAGGUGCCCACACAAUUUCUUUAAUUGCUACUGUUCGAAUACAAGGACGUGAUCGUGUACCAUUCAAUCUAUAUGGUGACUGAUGCAUUGUCAAUUUAAAAUCUUAUAAUUACUGACAUGCACAACUAAUGCAGCAUAAUCCAGAUUCAUUAUAACACACGAAAGACACCUGCUAUGAGUGGUGCUGUAUCCAUGUAUGAUGGAUUGGAACCGGAGGCGCCUGCAAAUAACGCGACUCUUAAUGGAGGAGGAACAAAGAAAUUGGCCCGAGGUAUUUCACGAGCCACUGAAAAUGCUGCUAUAGUAUCACACGCACGUUCACAACUGUCUUUUUUGGGAAUUGUCGAUACUCCAGAGUUUACUUUUUCAUUGCCUGAUUUAUCUAUUUAUCCAGACUCUUUCCGGCAAUUCUUGGAAAAAGAUUUAAUCGAGGGAGGAUGUUUGACGUCAUUAGAAGCAGCAGGAAGGUUGAAUUGGUGGUGCGGUGGGAAGAAUAGUGGUACGAGAGUAUUAUGGCCAUUGGCGACGACUGGAGAUGGAAAUUGUCUGCUACAUGCAGCUUCAUUAGGAAUGUGGGGCUUUCACGACCGAUUAUUGACCUUGAGAGAUGCUCUACACAAUACUCUAUCGAAAGGAGAAUAUAAAGAUGCAUUAUUUAGGCGGUGGAAGUGGAGGCAAAUGGCUUUAAAUGCUGCUGCGGGUUUGGCCUAUACGGAAGCCGAGUGGUUAACAGAAUGGCAAAGCAUUGUAGAAAUGGCAUCAGCAAACCCGCGUUCACAAACCGCAACUUCUUAUCAGAGUCUUGAGGAGGUUCAUGUUCUCACUCUAGCGCAUGUCUUGCACAGGCCAAUAAUUGUAAUAGCGGAAACAAUGCUCCGUGAUUGUGAAGGUGUAGCCUUGGCCCCAAUUCCUUUCGGUGGGAUCUAUUUGCCCUUAGAAGUACCACCAGAAAAAUGCCAUCGGACCCCACUGCUUUUAGCUUACCAUUCAGCCCAUUUUUCUCCGUUAGUAACAGUAGAUUGUGGCAAUGAUUUUGGAGAAAGUGAAAGCGAAGGCGUCAGUAUACCUCUUGUAGACCCUGAUACUGGCCAACUCCUUCCUGUUUUAUUUGCUGUUGAUCCCGGAUUGGAUUGGGAUUGGACCAUUACAUCACAAGACCUAUUACCUUGUUCACAAGACACAAUGGAAAUUUUGAUAAGAGAGUAUUUAGACUGUGAAUAUCAAAGUUUAACUUCCGAAGAAUUAGAAAGGCUUUCUGAGGUUGAUGGAGUUACUUCCAAUAAAAGUAAAGCUGCUAAACAGCUAUUAGGUGUAGCAAAACAGUUUGGAUCCAUUGGAAAGUCUAUGAGCAAAAGACUGUGGUCGUCAAUGGCUAAAAGACCAAAAAGUCCACCAGCUUCUGUGAGUGGUGUAACCACCGAAGGUGUUCUGUGUGUUCGACUCAAAAGUCGGCGUCAUCAGUAUGUAGAUCAGAUGCUCCAAAAUUACUUACAGUGCGCUCACUCGAGAUAUUUGGAGCUGCAAAAUGCCUCAGGGACUGAAAUAAAUUAUGGGGCUGGAAAAUCAAAAUUUUAUGCAGUCAGUGACAGUGGAAGUCAUGCAAGUGUGAGCAAGCUACAACCAAAAAUUACUAAUAAAGACAGAACAUUAUAUUUGUCGAGGUCAACAUUUUAUAAUACCGAAACGAAACCUGAGAAUGUAAGUACUCUUGAUAAUAAAAUUACUGUUAGAGAAUGUCUUACUGAGGACUGUCCAUUCUUUGGAUCAUCAGAAAAUCAAUACUACUGUUCAAAGUGUUGGGCGAAUCAUAAUCAAUGAUGAUCAACUUUAUUAUUUAUUAACCAUGAUAUAAGUUAAGUUUUUAAUUCCUCAUGACAAUAACCAAAGUCUCUCUUAUAAUCUAUUCCUCAUGUCUCUCUUUAGUUUCGAUUCUUUUAAACCAUUCUACCAGUGAGUUUUAACAAAAAUAGUUAACAAACAAAAUAAUACAAUCAAUACUGAUAUCAGAAUAUUUUCGAAAGUUAAGAAAUUAUUUUCGUAGCAAUAAUAUUAAUAAUUAAGGAAUGAUAUAGCAACGAAUGUUGCGCUUUGCGUUUGAGCUUAAAUAUUUUAAAUAAUAACUAUUAUUUAUUGAUAUUAUAAAAUAUACUGUAGUAUAGUAGAUAAAAAUCAUGAACGAAUUAAGAAAAGCUCAACGUGCGCAUCGUUUACGGACGUAACCCACUGAUAUAAAUAACUCAGAGAUAUAUUUUUUUGACUCUUCAAAUAUUUACUGCUAUCAGAUUUUUUAUUUCUGUUUAAAUAAUUAACAAAAAAUGAAAUAUUACACAUAUGGAUUAUGUGCCUUGCCUCGUGUAAUUGUUCGAAGAAAGACAAAAAAAUACUCAAUAUCAUUCAAUAGAUAUAUAUUCUAUAUAUAAACGUCCCAAAUUUUCAUGAAUAAUUUUUUGAAAUCAAUAUGGUAUUUUCUUUUGGUAUUUAUUUUUUAUUUCAAUUUUCUUUUCAUAUAUCAUUUAUCUAAUAUCGAGAUAAUUUUACUAAGCAUAAUUACUUUAAAAUAAU